GGCGAGCCGCGAGCGACGGCAAGUCCACAAAGGAAAAGGGAAAAAGGAAAGAGCAGCAGCGACGCGCACACACACAAAGGUAAAAAAGAAAUAUCUCUCGUCACCGCGAGCUCCCCGCCGAGCUCUCUCCCUCUCCGUCGGUGAUGGCAACUCAGAGCUCCAAGGCCGCGGACACCGCCGCGCCUGCUCCUGCGCCGGAGGCCGCAGCCGCCGGAGAGGCGGCUCCGAGCGCUGCUUCCUCAACACCGGCACAAAACCCUACCGCUGCUGCAACCGCGGCGGCCGGGGCUACAGAUCUGGAGAAGAAGAUGCGCCGCGCGGAGCGGUUUGGGACGCCAGUGGUCAUGUCAGAGGAAGAAAAGCGCAGCAAUCGCGCCGAGAGAUUUGGGACUGGAUCUUCAAGUGUAAAGGAGGAAGAGAAGAAGAAGUCCAGGGCUGAGAGGUUUGGCCUUGCCUCAUCCUCUUCUUCAGAUGAGGAAGCUAAGAAAAAGGCCCGUCUGGAACGAUUUGGUCAGGGCACAAAUGUUGACAAGGCGGAAGAAGAAAAAAGAAAGGCCCGAGCAGCAAGAUUUGGAGAUACAUCUAGUGGAUCAGCUCAGGAAAAUGGCAAAGACAGCUCGAAGCUGGACGCAGCUGCUGUUACAGGCACAGCUUGAUUUCAGCAGUCCGGCUUUGAUGAGGUCUCAGAUAUUAUCCGACUUUUGGUGAAGCCAUAGCUUGUACACCACUAACUGCAUGAACGGGCAUCACGUGUUUCCCAGUCAUGCUGAGUGAUGUUUACCGUGUAUGACUUUCUUAGUUGCUGGGCACUGGCAGUGUGGCUAGAUUUGCUGCCUGGUUUGUGGAUGGCCAUGUACUGAUGUACCUUCGGUUGCCGAUACCAUUUGGUGGAUGAUUUCAUUUCCAUGUACCCCAGUUUGGACUAGUUAACUGUUAGAAGACAACAAGGUGGCCCUCUUUUGUUGUGCCCCGUGUUUCUGUUGCUACAAUGCUGGGAUAUGGAAACCCAUAAUCACAGAGCA